AUGUCAGAAGCCCUAGUUGACCAAGAAAUCAACUUAGAAUCUAUUCCCAUUGAUGACAUUGAUUUUUCAGAUCUUGAAAGAGAAUACAAUGUUGACCUUGAUGUGAACUUCGACAACUUCGUUGUGGUGGACGGAGCUCCAAUUGCACCAGAGACGAAAGUGCCUGUGUUGACCAAAGUUUUGACCAAGCUGUUCUCACAGGCCGGUAAAGUUGUCGACAUCAAUUUGCCUCUUGACGAGGAAAAGAAAACGACUAAAGGGUAUCUCUUCGUCGAAUUCGAUUCUGCCGCGGCCGCGCAGAAGGCUAUUAAGCUUCUCAACGGUAAGAAAUUGGAUGUCAAGCACAGACUUUUCGUCAACACUUUGAACGACCUGGAAAGAUACGGUACUGAGACCUUCAGCAACGAAUUUCAAGAACCAAAACUACCUGAAUUCCAGUCCACCAACUAUCUGAAGUCCUGGCUACAGGAUGAACAAGGAAGAGAUCAAUUCGUCCUUCAGAAGGGAGAUAUGACGGGUAUUUUCUGGAAUAGGAACACGCAGCAACCGGACAACGUUGUCGAGCCUCGUAAGAACUGGUCUAAUUCGACAGUCAAGUUUUCGAGCAAAGGUACUUAUCUUUUCUCUUACCACGACCAAGGUGUUGCCUCUUGGGGUGGUAAGAAUUUUGAGAGACUUAAGAGAUUUUUUCAUCCCGAUACCAAGGCCCUUGCUGUUUCACCAACUGAAAAGUAUUUGGUGACUCUUUCUCCCCAGCCGAUCAGCAUCCCAGAGCAUGCUCCCGAGGACUUCCCCUUUGGUCCAGAUUCUGUGGGCCACCAACUGGCCAUAUGGGACAUCGCCAUGGGCGUCUGCGUCAAAACUUUUGCUCUACCGCCGGGCCAGAGACUCCACUGGCCCAUGGUCAAGUGGUCCUAUGACGACAGAUACUGUGCCCGCUUAGGUCCCAAUGCUUUGGCUGUUUAUGACACGGAAAACAAUUUCGAAUUGGUCAGUGGUAAGAUUUUAAAGAUUGAAGGCAUAAUGGAUUUUUCUUUUGCUCCCGCUGGUGUCAAACUUGCUGUUAACAGAAACAACGAACUUUCGUCGGUAUUGGCCUACUGGACUCCUGAAUCCAACAAUCAGUCCUGUAAAGCUACCAUCAUGGAAAUCCCUACCCGUAGAGUUCUGAGAACUGUCAAUUUGGUGCAAGUCUCUGACGUUUCCCUUCACUGGCAAGAUCAGGCCGAAUACCUGUGUGUCAAGGUUGACCGUCACACCAAGUCUGGUAAGACAAUUUUCACUAACCUUGAAAUUGCCAAACUUACCGAAAAGGACGUUCCAGUUGAAAAGGUGGAGAUGAAAGAUCACGGCUUCAGCUUUGGCUGGGAACCAAAGGGAGACAGAUUUAUUACCAUUUCGAUAACAGAAACCGCGGAAGACAACCCUGCGAUUCCAAAGAAUGUGGUUACAUUUUAUGCUCCAGAGCGUAAGGAUAAGACUAAGCAGGCCGACGAUGAUGCCAAGAACUGGAAGGCGUUUGCUACGGUCGACGGCAAGUUUUCAAAUACCAUCUCCUGGUCCCCUGCUGGUAGAUUUGUCGUUGUUGCUACGUUAGUGACUCCUGACAACCGUAAAGCGGAUUUCGAUUUCUACGAUUUUGACUUCCCUGGUGAAAAGAAUCUGAACACUGUUGAUGAUGUUUGCGCUAGUCUAAAAGACGUUGCUCAUCCUGAUUACUUCAGCGCCACUGAUAUGAAAUGGGAUCCAUCUGGAAGAUUCGUGGCUGUUUGGUCGUCUGCCGUCAAGCACAAACUUGACAACGGUUACAAGGUCUACAACAUUGGCGGUGAAACUGUUCGUGAAGAGAUGAUUGAGGGUUUCAAGAACUUCGUUUGGAGACCAAGACCUGAAUCUUUGUUGACCAAUGGCGAGAAAAAGAAGGUGAGAAAGAACCUCAGAGAAUGGUCUGCUCAAUUCGACGAGCAGGAUGCUAUGCAAGCCGACAGUGCCAUGAGAGAACUAAUUCUGCAACGUCGUUCUACCCUCGAAGAAUGGAACGAGUACAGAGAAGCCACUGCUGAUAUUAUGGAGUCUGAUUACAACUACGUGACCUUCGACACCACUGUUGUUUCCAUCUCCGAUGAAGAUUAUGAAAUUGUCGAGGAGAUCAAGGAAGAGAUUUUGGAGGAGAAGCAAGAAGAAGUGCUGUCUUUUGAGACUGCCGAUGAAAACUGA